UAUCAUGACAAAUCAUCGUUAUGUUCAUCCAAAGGGAGAGAUUACAGAAGGCCAGAGAAACACCUGCAGGUUUCUUUCUGAAGUAUAGUGGCUCUUUGUGUCCUUUGGGCUUUCAAACACCCCUAUUGGUUGCUGCGUUCACCAUACUGGAAAACAUCUUACACUCUUAGCCCAUCCCUCAAGCGACCCAUGACAAUGUAAGGGGUGUGUCUGACUUUUUGGGCUCUUCGUCCCAAGUGACUUAAUCAGACUACACAGUUGGCAACAGAGAACGGUCACGUACUGACACACGCAGAUAAGGAUUAAACCGGGACGAAGCAGAAUCGCAAAGCAUUUGCUUUCAGUGAAGCUUAGGUUUCUUAAAGGCCUAAAUUUGAAAAAGGUAGAGCAAUUGUUUUUAUAUAUAUUUGUGUAUGUUUAUCCAUUUAGUUUGUGUGUGUAUCUGCUAGAUCAAAUAAACCAAAUUUCCUACUUGUACGCACCUGCAAGAUGCUCAGCAUUACCUGAACAUUACAGGCAGAUGUGUUAGGGAAAGGGGGAAAUCCAAACUCAAAAUAUAAAUCUAAGACCAGGACUGACCAACAUAUUUAUAUAUUAUAUUAUAUAUAAGUCUUGAUAUAUUAUGGAAAUGUAUAUAUAUAUUUUCCGUGUAUAAUGAAUCUUUAUUAUAAUUAAUAAUACAGUUGUUGAAUUUAUUUAGCUCUGUAGUACUGUAUUGACCGUGGGGGUGGUUUCACAUUGCCCCUUUCACCUAAAAGUGAAUUUGUGUGUGUGUGUCUGCAGAUAACAGGAUUGGCAUUGAUGGUUCCAUGGAGCCAAAGAUAAACAUCGGACAAGACAGCAAAGAUGAGGGGAAACGAAGCAGGUUAGCCAGCUGAAUCUACACACAUCCAUUCAUUCAUUACUUUCUCAUCAAGCCACAUUAGCAUUAAAAUAAACAAAGAGAGCCCAUUGCUAAUGAUAAAAUCACACAAAAACACCAACAACAGCACCCAUACAAAUAUAAAUUACAAACCAACCAGAUCUGUAAAACCCACAUUCAUUCAUUUUUACACAAAGACUGUACACAGGAGUUUGGUUACAGGAUCAAGCAUUCGUCAGCAUAACAGUGCAGUUUCAGUAUGCGCAAUUAUCCAACCAAAGAUAAUAGCUCAGACAACUUCUAUUUAUUUUUACACAAUAUAAACACAAAAUGACACCUAAUCUGUUAAAUAGGAUAACACAAUAAAUUUGUAAAAAAAUGAACAUCCUUUUUAGAGUGUACUACUUAUUAGGGCUGGGCAAAAAAAAUAUUUUUCGAUUAAUCAGGUUUUUUUACGUGGUCAAUUCAAAAUCGAUUCUCAAAGAGCAGAUUCAAUUUUUUCUUUCAUAUUUAUUUCCGCAAACAUUGAACAUAAGAUUAACGUUAAUCUAAUUACUAGUCUUCUUCACUAGAUGUCACCCUCUUUUUUGCCUUGUGCGAUGUUACCAAGGAGCGAGCCUGUCAUUUAUUCAUUCUUUCAGUUUAAGGUGCUUCAUCGAAGUUGAUAUCACCUUCACAUAAAAGGUCAGAGGUAUGGAAGCAUUUUAGAUUUCGCAAGCAGGACGACGACGAUAGUGUUGUGGCUUUUAAUUUCUUUUUAUUAAUUACCCACUUGUAAACUGCUGUUCACUGUUCUUUUUUAUUAAUAUAGUAUUUGUAUUAAAUCUAUAUUAAUUGAGUUAAAUCAAAAAAUCGAGUAUAAAAACAGACCCGAGAACCAAAAUCGAAAAUUGAAUCGAGAAUUUAAUUGAUUUGUUAGUUUGUGAAUCGAAAUCGAAUCAAUCUGGAACAUCUGAAUCGAUACCCAGCCCUACUACUUAUUGAAUUUUGUAAACAAACAAACAAAAAAUUCAUCUAAUUAUGCAAAUCAUUUUUCACCCAGUCUGACUUCAUCCUUGCCCAGCCUAUGGUACAGCAGAAAAACCUGGGACAAAACAAGGCCCUUGCAUCCAUCCCUCAAAGAAACUUUCUCAAUACCCGUUUGUCCUGCUCCUCAAUUCACUCAGCUUAGUAAGUCGACACCAGCGCUGAUGGAACCUCUUCUUCAUGCCAGUAUGUUGCUGCAAGCACGGGCUAACAUAUAUAACAGAAAAAGUUGGCACUGAGGCCAGUGGGCAGAAAAAGAGUCACAAUCAUGGAGAGGACACCUUUUCUUCAGUUGACCUAUGGCUAAUCCACACCCCCUCCACUCACUCAGACAGACAAUCGACAUCUGGUGACAGGCGCUAUGGCAGCUGUCACAGUAGGAGACAUUUCACAGGAGACAAUUGAUGAUUUUUGGAGACAGAAAGACUAGAUAUCAUCUCAAAGUCAUCAAAGGGCACUAAAGGAAUAGUUUAAUAUAGAAAAUGAAUAGAAUAUGUUAUUACCUUAACUAAGAAGAGUUGAUACAUACCUCUAUCAUCUUAGUGCGUGCAUGUAAGCGCUGGGGCGCGCUGCGACACUUCGAUAGCAUUUAGCUUAGCCCCAUUCAUUCAAUGGUACCAAACAGAGAGAAAGUUAGAAGUGACCAAACACAUCAACGGUUUUCCUAUUUAAGACGAGUAGUUAUUCAAGCAAGUAUGGUGGUACAAAAUAAAACGUAGCGCUUUUCUACGCGGAUUUAAAGAGGAACUAUAUUUUAUGGCGGAAUAGUACUUUUGGGAGUACUUCGACUCGCCUGAAAAAUCCACUCCCCUUCUCCCUCUCAUAAUGGGAGAGGGAUAGUGUUACUGCGCCGAGUCGAAGUACUAAGUUGCAACAUUGCUAUUACAAAUAACAUUUGUUAUCUCAGUUAUUUACAGAUACGUUAAUGAAGCUAAGUGACAUGAUGUACAACGCAGCUAGAAACUAACAUUAACGUUUUUUAAUGUUAUGGCGCUUUUCCAUUGCAUAGUACCCCACUGUUUAGUUUAGUUUGGGUCGGGUCAGCUCACCUCACUUUUGGCGUGGUUAGCUUUUCCAUCGAGUUUAGUAUCACUUCGGAGUGGGAGGGAUUAUAGGCGUGUCGUUAUAUUUACGCUGCCUACUGCUGUGACAUCAUACACGUGAGAGCGUUGUUGUACAUUCCCAUACAUUCAUUUAUUUCUCAGUCUGCCACAAAAUUAAAAUUGGCCACCACAAAUAGAUGUUUGCACAUCGCGUUUAUAACUACCUCUGUCUCACAUGACAGUUUCUGUUCAAACACCCGACCCGUGGCGUCAGUCGACGGCGCUCCGCUGAGCCUCAUUCAAGUUGCAUUUAAGCAUAUAUAAUGCGGACGUGCACGUCGCGAAUGUGCCGCCACAAACUGCAAGUCUGGAAAAAACUGUUAUGGUGUCCCGGAUUCUCAACCUGCGGAUGUUUUUAAUCGCUAAAAGGGUGUUUGGAACUUUAUAGCAGAACACAGAUAACAACAUGUUUGCUUGAGACAGCGCAAGCUAGCAGUAAGCUAAAGCUAAUAUUUACAUUAUAGCGAUGACGUGACGAUUCUCUCAGACCAAUCAGUGAUCUACAGUGUUUUCGCGUCACGUUUGGUAUCAGCUCGGGUCGCUUGGAACCCCAACCGAGGUGGUACGAAAAAAAAGUAUCGGGUACUACGUACUGCACCCAAUGGAAAAGCUCCCAAAAGUAAGCUGACCCGACCCAAACUAAACUAAACCGUGGGGUACUAAGGAAAAGCGCAUUAGUCUAGUUAACGUUGCGUUAGAGAUGUUAAAGAUAACGUUCAAAUACGUUGUUGACUUAGCUUAAAACAUAUGUAGACAUCGUUGUUUAAUUUAUCCACGUUUAGUUGGUGUUGUGGUCUACCGCAUAACUUAAUCCAGAGCAGACACUUAAGGUUAUCCCAGGUUGAGAUGUGGCUUGGGAAAGGGUAAAAAAAUACACAACGUCGCCCAGCCUCUCAGGAUACCUAAUGUCGAUGUUGCAUGUACCCCAUUGCACACUGUUUGACCAUUUUAAACUUAAAGUGCGUGUUGCAGGUUUUUUUUUUACGAAUUUGUGCAACUUGCUUGUGUGUAAUAACCAUUUAAAGUGUUAUCCAUUGUAUUUUAUGUUGUUGGGUAUCACAAAACCCGAAAAAGUAUGAAAAAGUACAGCGGUUUGCAAUGACUCUCCUUUCCCCCACAACGCACUGUAUGACGUCACGCUGGGGAGAGAAUUUACCAAAGCCGCAUUGAGAGCAUUGAGAAUGACUAUAGAAAGACGAGUAAAGUACAGUUCUGAUAGCGCAGAUUAUAGAUAGACAGACAGACAGACAGACAGACGGAUAGGCUAGUAUAGAGAGAUAGGCAGACAGCCAGAUAGCAGAACGUUAGCAUAUCUUCGUGUAGAAAGUAAACAAACAAUUAACAUACUCGUGCAUGCUGGCUUGAGGGGGUCCAUGAUCCUGCCUGAAAUGGGUGUAACUUUAUGCGAUCUUCAGCACAAACGGUUUUGGCAGCAUGUCUCUAAUCCUGGAAGGUGAGUGAGGCACGUCACAUAUGUUCGCGGGGACCAGCAACCCAAACGCACUCACUUUCUUACAGCCAGUAGCGGAAUGGCAAUCGAGAGAGUCGGGACUUUCCCGGUGGGUCGAUCUGAUAAUAGUUAUACGUUUCGAGUUAACAACACCGUCUGGCGGCGUGAUCUGCGCCGGUUCCCGCAGCCCGCUGGUCAAAGUGCAGCCUCUCUGCUCAACAAAGUAUAUGAAAGUGCUCAACCUGUUCGGCAGGUCCAAACAUGUACAGGAUUUAUAAAAAUACGGUGAUCAAUGAGCGGUUCCUCCUCAAAUGGCAUAGUCUGGCGUGAUGUAAAAAGCCGCCGAACGCCUGUUUAUUACAGUAUGUAUGCGGUCGGAUCCGAGUGUGCUGCAGCUGCUGACUGCUGCGUAUAAAAUGAUUGUGUGAUUCGUUAUAAUCGCAUAAACAAUAUAACAAAGCAUCCUUUUAUUUCACAAAACAAUAUAUUUGAGAUAUUAUUUGAUAGACUAGUAAGUGUGGAUUAAGGAUGUUUAAAAAUCUCUUGCCUGGUGGUCUGGACAUGAAUGGAUCAAAUCAGCAGAUUUGCGAAGUUUUAUUUAUCUCCACAGAUAUCAUAAAUAAUAAUUAGCAUGGUAACUUUGCAGUAUAACACAUUAUAUAUUUCCUACGAUGUAUAUAUGAUUUCCAAAUUGUAUACGUAAGUAUUAAACAGCAAUAAAUGUCUCAUCUAUUUCUAUGGCUCUGGCUGAGGCUUUCUCCACUUCUCCCCAACGUGACAUCAUCGCAGAAUUGCAUAAAAAAAACCGUUAAUACCAAAAACGUAAAAAAAGUGUUCUUUAAGACCAUUUUUGAGACAUUUUAAAAAUUAUACACAUAUCUUGAGUGAUUUAUGUACCCAUUAAUCGACAGUGGUGGUUAACCUGCAACACGCCCUUUAAAAUGACAAGAAAAAACAUAAAAACUAAUGAAAACUGACUAACUGCUAUGCUUUUCAAUAGACGUGAAAGCAGAGUAUGUCUUAGUGUAUUGGGUUAUCUAUGCACACACUGUGAUUGGCUUUUCGUGUUUGGGGGCAUGGCUUAGCCAUAGGUCAAUUGAUGGCAUGAAUGCAUGUAAACUAGCCUAAGUGGAUUCCUGGGGCAAUAAAAACCUUCCAUUCAUUAUUUUGUCCUGUUAAUAAACAUCAGCAGCACAAGACAAUGCUCUUGCCAUUGAUGACACAGGGUACAAACUAGUGAUGUCAGAACAUUUUAUAAUCCAGUGAAAGUAGAAGGAAAGGACAGUUUAUUAUGGUGUCUGUGUUAUUGCCAUGUUUGAACAACAGUCCUAUUGUCAGUCAGCUGAGUAGUCUGUGAGUACAUCCAGCUAGAUCAAGAAGAGUUUCAUCUAAGGUCAAAGAGACAAAAUAGAUUCCAAUUGAAUAAGACAGAUAAAGUCAAAAUCUUAAACAUAAACCUGACAGAAAUGCCUUGGGUUCAGUCUCCUCAAAAUAUUGAUGUGUGAGGAACUGGUCUGUAGUCCGUUGGGAUUGGAACAAUGCUGAAUGCCUUUGAGACUAUCGGGUAGAUGCCAAAGAGCUUUCCAGGUCCUGGAAAAGUUAAGAAACCUUUAAGUACUGUGUUGUUAGCGAGGUUAAUAAGUACAGGUGAGGGGUAGACGAUGUUUCCCAGCUCUAGAAGUAUUGGAGAGAGUACAAUUUUAACGAUAUUGGAAUAAUUUAAGAUUUUCAGAUGAAGUAUAAACACUUUUUCAAUGAACUGCAGGGCUUAGAGGUGGUGAUACAGAUGAUGAUGUUAUUACACAAAAGAUGUCACUACCAACCUCAUUAAGGACACCUAAACAUCUAGCUCCUCUGGACAGAAGAUACAGGGAUGUCACUUGUCUUGCCAGUCUUGAGCACCCUCUGCCCUCAAAACCAUCAAGCACAUUGCCUUUCUCAUCCGAGUCCAGACAUAAAGUGGAAAGGAUUUCCAUGCAGUCUUUCAGAAGAUCCAGAAGCACAAGAGCAGGCAGUGAGGAGAGUAAUUCCUACAGCAGUAGUAGCCAAGAAGAGGAAGAGAAUGUUCCUCAAGAGACAGACACAAUAUUUGGUGUCUUAGAAAAGUCAUUGAAUUUGGAACUAAUAUCCAAUUUGGAUUUUCAGCAGUUAAACAGAUCUGUAAUUAUUAAUAACACAGAACACACAAUCAUUACAAUUUCAGAUGAUAGGAAAGAAGAUACGCCUAUCAGAUCACCCAUUGUUAGGGAUUCCAAGAAUGAAAUGAGACAUGACUCCAAAAGUGCAAACUCUGAUGGGUUCAGUUUUAUUGCAUGUGAGAAUGACCUCACUACUGUGAAUAUCAGUAUAGAUCAAAUUCUUCAUAAAAAGAGCAAACCAAUUAAGAUUAUCAAAAGAAAUGACAGAAAAGGCAAAACGUCUUUUCACACAAAUCAUUCAUUCAAUAUUCUGGCACGCAGAAAUCAGAAUACUCCUACUACCACCAAGAAUGGAAAAAAUUCACAAAUUCACUCAAAGGUGAAACUCAGAGAAAGAAAGUCCACAAGCCGGGUUAUUGUAGAAGAGACCCCUUAUCAAUCACAUUUGCCAACAAUGACACCUACAAUAUCUUGCAAAAUAACUUCAGAUGACAUCUUAAUCACAAAGAGGGUCUCUGAACCCUAUCAACACAUGAUGUUGAGUGGCGAUGACAAGAAAGGGAGUAAAAAUAUUCCAAACCAAUUUUCCAGAGAUCUGAGAAGCGCAGGACCACCCAAAAAGCCAGCUUUAGGAGUGCCACUGCGGGCAAAAUCUGCUGUGGAGCAGGUCACUUACAAUGACAUGUUUCUGAAGAUCAGUCAAGGAGAUGAAGGUCCAGUAAUUUAUGAAAUGUUCGCAACUCCAAUGUAUGAAAAUCUUAGAGCAGACAAUUCUGCUGAGAAAACCAAACCGGUCAAUACAGCACUUCAAGUUGAAAGACAAAUCAAUAGAAAACAAAGAGAUCAACAAACAAUGGAAGUUAACAGAAAGAAACAAGCUCAAUCAGAAAGAAACAUCAGGACUAAAUGUAAGCAACACAAGCGAAGAGACAAUGUUCCAAAACUGUCAAAAAAGCAUAUUCCUUCUUCCGAGAAUAAAUGUCAUGCUGUAACUUCUGAUUGUGAGGAAGAGGAAACGCAGAAUUCCAAAAUGCCCUUUACUGGGGAUGAUGGGAAAGAAAUUUCUAGCUCAGUUAUUAAAAAACAAAACGGUUCCAUGCUGUCCAUAAUUGAAGAAGUACUUUCAAACACGGUGUCAAAAACAGAUAUUCUUCAACAACAUACCUCAGCCUCAACAUCUGAAUCGCAUCUCAUUAAACAUAAAAUACAUCAAGAGGCACAGACUCCGGCAGAUUCAUGUUCGACAGGUAAUCCUGAAUUAUCAAGCGUGACCAAACUCCCAGCACACCUUCUGAUCAAUACAUGGACAAGUGACAGGACGGUAUCACCUAUAUCCCAGAGUUUCCUUGAUGAGGUGGGUGAUGAACCACUUACAGAAGACUUGCUGCGGUCUUUGGCAGAGGGGUUAAUAUCACUGGAGAAAAGAGAUGAUGAUGAAACACCCGAGACUGAAUUUGAUGACGGCAAGGAGUUUAGUAAUAACUUACCAUCAAAAUUUAAGAAACUGCUAAAUGAGGGCAUUUCCUCUGGUGAACUGCAUUAUACUAAGAGAUCCUGUUUGGAUGAUGCCGCUAUCACAUGGACGAAAGGAGAAGUUCUGGGAAAAGGAGCCUAUGGAACAGUGUAUUGUGGAUUAACCAGUCAAGGUCAGCUGAUUGAAGUCAAACAGAUAGUACUGGACGCUUCAACUUCAGAAAUUGCAGAGAAAGAGUAUGAGCGUCUGGACAGAGAGGUUGACCUUCUUAAGAACCUUCGGCACAGUAACAUUGUUGGUUUCCUGGGCACAGAUCUGUGUGAGAACAUUGUAAGCAUCUUCAUGGAGUAUGUUCCAGGCGGUUCCAUCUCUAGUAUACUGAGCCAGUUUGGACCAUUGCCAGAAAAAGUAUUUGCAUUAUACACCCGACAGAUUCUAGAGGGGGUUGCCUAUCUUCACGCUAAUAAAGUCAUUCACAGGGACCUGAAAGGGAACAACAUCAUGCUUAUGCCCACUGGAGUAGUCAAGCUAAUUGACUUUGGAUGCGCUCGCCGGAUCAAUUGCUUAACUUUGAGUAAGACUGACCUUUUGAAGUCUGUGCAUGGGACCCCAUAUUGGAUGGCACCAGAAGUGAUCAAUGAGACAGGCCAUGGACGAAAAUCAGACAUUUGGAGCAUUGGCUGUACAGUUUUUGAAAUGGCCACAGGAAAGCCACCUCUUGCACACAUGGCCAAGAUGGCAGCACUUUUCUACAUUGGGGCUCGAAAAGGCUUGAUGCCUUGUCUGUCUGAAGACUUCUCUACAAACGCAAAAGGCUUUGUACAGGCUUGCUUAACGAGAGAUCCAAGUCAACGGCCAUCUGCUGAGGAAUUGUUAAGGCAUCAAUUUGUCUCGCAUGACAGCCAAAUCUGCAAAAGCCACCAAACUACAAACUUCUCCAUUCACCAAAGCAAAAAGUUACUAGAAAAAUGACAAACUGAUGAAUUGUAAAGCUACUCUAACAUGGACAAUUUGACAUGGAUAAUGAAUGUGGUCUAUGAAAUUGCACACAGAUAGCGAAGGUUCAACUGAUAAAUGUGCCAUUAAAUUUUUUUAAUAAAUGAUCACAAACACAAA